UGGUGCAGGGCAGAGGGGGAGAGUUCAGUAGCUCUGAGCAACUUUCUAACAAGUAGACUGGCUUUCUUUUUUUUUUUUAAACUACUUUUGUGAUUUGAUUCCGGUCGCUGCAAAGAUGACCACAGCCGUGGUAUCGCCUUUCUUCGACUUCGAAGUAAUGAACAAGAACAAACUUCUCAGCUACAACAACAACCUGGGUGUCUCCCAUCCCAUGUCUGUUCCUUGCACUAGCACCAACGUGCCCAUCUCCAGCUCCGCCGGACCCCUGCUGGACAGGAAGGCGGUGGGAUCUCCCUCAGUGGGAGGCGUGUACCAGCGGCGGCACUCUGUCAGCAGCACAAAGUUCAACCAGAACCAAUUUCUGAAUAGCCUGAAGGCAGCGGACCAGUCCUCCUCACUCAUCUCAGGGGUUGGCAAUGCCAGCAACAACAAGGAGAACCGCCUGCGAGACCGCUCCUACUCCGAGACGGGCGAGAGGCUCAUCAACAAGUGCCUGGGCCCUGCCAGUCCCACUGGCAGCAGCAGCCAAGUGAACUCCAGCCGUUACAAGACAGAGCUCUGCAGGCCCUUUGAGGAGAACGGUUCCUGCAAAUAUGGCGACAAAUGCCAGUUUGCUCACGGAAUCCAUGAACUGCGCAGCCUGAGCCGCCAUCCUAAGUACAAAACUGAGCUGUGCCGCACCUUCCACACCAUCGGUUUCUGCCCAUACGGGCCUCGCUGCCAUUUCAUCCACAAUGCCGAGGAGCGUCGUGGACCUCCCCAGCAGUCCUCUCCUCUUAACUCUAUGAACAAGAUGGAGCGACCUCGGCUGCAGCACAGCUACAGCUUUGCUGGUUUCUCCAACUCAGCUGGGCUGAGAGACAGCCCCACCUCAGUCACCCCUCCACCCAUGUUCUUCCCUGAUGAGAUCCCAGACUGGCCCAGCAGAAAUCCCUUCACCUACUCCAGCCAGGAGCUGGCCAGCCUGUUCGGGCCCAGUCUCAAUGCCGGUCCUGUAGGCACAGAGCCCAACACCCCUGCACCUCCCUCUCCAACAAGCACAUCUUACUAUUUCAGACCCAUGUUGGAGUCCCCUCAGAUGUUGGAGUCUUCAUCCAGCCCCCCAGACUCUAUGUCGGAUCAAGAGGGCUACCAGAGCAGCUCUGGUGGUAGCCUGUGUGGCUCAGAGUCCCCCACGCUGGAUAACACCCGCCGCCUUCCCAUCUUCAGCCGCCUCUCCAUCACUGAUGACUAGACUGCACGUAUCCACUAGUGACUUUUAAAUUUGACGACACAAAGAACAUGGCACUCCCCUCUACCUCUGCCCUUCAGACUCCCCUCUGCCCUCGAAGCUCCCUUACACAUCACGUUAGUUCCUUGUUAGCAUUAUGAGGAUAUAAUCAACUAAGGGAACCCUCAGCUAAAUCUAUCAUUUCUUCCCACUUAAUCUGCACAGCAAGUUUUAAAAGAAAGUACCCCGCCAUGUGUCAUAGUGCCAAAAAAGGAGAGGAAACUGAACAAUGAAAAUGAUGAGAACAAGAAUUGACUGUUUAUGCCAGGUGCCACUUGUUUUUCUUUUUGUUUUUCUUCUUCUUCAUGUAUUAUUGAAUGUGUUGCAGCACAAGUGGCCUUGGAAAGGGGUGUGCUUUGCACUAGCCCUCACCCCCCUCCCCUCUCUCCCCUGCCAUCCUCCCUGAUGAUACCACUUCCCCCGAGCUUGCUAGAGGGUGCUAGGUAAUGUAACUGUAGCUCUACACCGCAGAUGUUUUUACAGACUGAGUUAAGACAAACGGAGAGAAAUGACAGACCCUGAAAAUAUAUGAAUAGUUUUUUUUUUUAAAAGAAAUGGAGAAAAAAAAGUGCCUGGGCAGUUUCUGCAUGUGUUUAGGGUGAAUGGACUACUGUUUGUUUUGGUUCUUUCUCAUUUGCCCCCACCCACCUCCUUCUACCCCUCAGUCAAGCCCCGUCUUAUGUAAUUUUGAACCGGGUGAGUCUGCAGGAAGGACUUUGAACUGGAAGUUGGUUAUGGCCCCCCCUCUCCUCCUGUUGCUGGUCACUGGCUGUUUCUUUUUUUUUUUCCUUGGGAAGGAAGUUGAUAUCAAACUGAUCAUUAAACCUGCAAGACUUUGUCCUGCCCCCAGCACCUACACCUUCAUCUUCACCGAUCCGGGGAAUUCCAGCAUUCCCAUAAUAUAGUUAUACGUCGCAUGACUUGACAAGAUCGGAUCUCCAAGCUAUUUUACUUUACUUGUCCCCCUCCCAUCUCCUUCACUUUAGAACCUGCUCCGUGGAGCUCUCUACUCUCAUUACAUCCCUUUUUUGCUUUCUUUAUUUGAUAAUUAUUUUUUAUUAAUGUUAUUAUUACGGUUAUUAUUAUUUGAGAAACUUUCCAGACAGAAGGUUUGCGUGUCACUGCUUAUUUAACUUAUCAGAACAUAUUUAUUGGUGAUCAUAUGCAUUUUUUGUUAAUUUUGUUUUUUGUAUUUAUCUGGAUAAUGAACAAUAGAAUAUAUUUUCUUUUAUGUUAAAUUAUGAUCUUCCAUAUUAAUCUAAAGAUUGUGAAGACGUUUUUGUCAGUUUUCCUUUUUUUUCACAGUUUAAUAUAUUGUACUUCAAUGACUUUUGUUCUGCAACUACACUUUGUCAAAAUGAAACUUAAUUUAAAGCAAGAAAAAAAAAAAUGCAAAAAAAGCUGUUUUGCGUUUUGAUUAUUUAUUGUACUUUGUUUUUCUUACUCCCUCUUAUUGGACUGCAUUUCCAUCUAAACUAGAUUUGCUUGUAUCCAUUCCUCCCCUUGCACAUGUUACAGUAAUCUGACAGUAACAGUAGCUAACUGUUAUGACAUUAAUUCGAUUUUUAUUUUCUUUUCCUGAUCUCUUGUCCCCACUUUGAAGAGGACUAUUCCUACUCGGGUUGAUGGUAGACUUAAAGGGGUGCUAAAAAGAAAAUUAGUAACAUGACUCGUUUAGCAGAGUCUAGCAGUUCAGAGGCUGGCUGUGUUGAAAUGUGUUCUGUCAUCCAGUCUGUUAUUACAAGCAAUAGUUGUGACCAAAUGAGUUGAAAGUAUCUUCUUUUCAAUUCAAUUGGAUUCUUGAUGCUUGAUCAGUGGAAGUGCCUCGUUUAAUACAUUCCAGGUAGCUAAGGGCUCUCCGCCUUUUUAUAUUUGAUAAUGGAGGACAAUUUUUUUUUUUUUUUAAUUUUUUUUUUUUCUCUCCUUAAGUCACUUGUUCUGUGUUGCCUUCGUGUGUUCGGAAGAGGUGAACAAAUUCUGACACAAAGAAAGUAAAACUGUUGAAUGUAUUUUAUUUUUUUUAUUUUUUUUUUUCCCAGCAAUGUUUUUUCACUACAGUAAUUUCUGUGAGUUUAUAUGAAAACCUGUUCUCUCUCUCUCUUACUCUCUUUCUUUCUCACUUUCUAUCUCUCUCUCUCUUUUUGUAAGUAUUGAUUGCAGUUAAGUCAAUAAACCUGUAUUUUUUUUGAAAAGUU